GAGCCCCUGGGAGGCCUGGCGGGAAGCUGACGGCCUGGCUUCUGGUGACCUUCAGCUUGAAAGGGAGGUCGUCCUGGGGGUCCUAGCGCCCGGGCUGUCUUCCCCACCGCCUUCCGCUUAAUCGCUCCUCCCACGACAACCCUGAGCCGGAACUGUUCGCUUUUUCCUGCCCAAAGGAGGGGCAAAACCUUUGCCCUUCAGGGUACAUGGAGCCCCGAAAGAUGGCGCCUGGGGGGCCAGGCUGGGGGCCCCGAGGGACGGCGGGGUCGGGGUCCUGCGCGGAGCGCGUGUACCAUCUGGCGGGGGCUCUGGGCACUGAGCUUCAAGAACUGGCGCGCCGCUUCGGGCCGGAGGCGGCAGCCGGGCUGGUGCCACUCGUGGUGCUGGCGCUGGAGCUCCUGGAGAAGGCUGCGGUGGGGCCCGCACCGGACUCGCUGCAGGUCUCGGCGCAGCAGGCAGAACUGGAGCUGCGGCGGCUGCGGGAGGAGAACGAACACCUCCGAAGGGAGCUGCGUGCGGGGCCACAGGAGGAGCGCGCUCUGCUGCGGCAGCUCAAGGAGGUGACGGACCGACAGCGGGACGAACUCCGGGCGCACAGUCGCGACCUGCUGCAGCGCAGCCAGGAGACGGAGGCGUUGCAGGAACAGCUGCACCGCCUCCUGCUGGUGAAUGCCGAGCUACGCCAGAAGCUGGCCGCGGUGCAGACGCAGCUCCGCGCGGUGCGAGAGCGCGAGAGGGAGAGGGAGGUGCUGCGCGAAGGGUCCCCCCUGUUGGCGCAAGAGAAGCCUCGGGACCAGAAGCAGCAGAGACAGGAGCCUGAGAGAACGACCAGCGAUGCCGGGACCGCAGAGACUCCUGAGGGUCCUCCGGAUGCUCCGCAGCAGCCCGGACGCCUCCAGGAGGCAGACCAAAGCGGCUUCAGUAGGGAGGAGCUUGGGCAGAUCCUGCAGGAGCGGAAUGAGCUCAAAGCCAAUGUGUUCCUACUGAAGGAGGAGCUGGCCUACUUCCAGCGGGAGUUGCUCGCCGACCACAGGGUGUCUGGGCUUCUGCUGGAAGCCAUAAAAGUGGCUGUCCGGAGGCAGCGGAAGAAGAUCAAGGCGAAGAUGUUAGGGACCCCUGAGGAAGCUGAGAGCAGUGACGAUGAGGAUGGCUCAUGGCUCCUGCUCCCCAGGGAUAAGGAAGAGCCACCUCCGCUUCCUGAGUCCCGGAUACAGAGUUUCUUUGGCCUGUGGUAUCGGGGUGAAGCUGAGAGCCCUGAAGUUCCUGGCCCCACUCCCAGCAAGCAACAAGUUGAUGAAGAAACGCCACCACAACCCCACCUGGAACCUGUGUCCAGCCCUACACCUCUCGGCUCUUGACCCUCCCCACCUCUACUCUCCAUGAACAGCUUUAUCUGGGGGGCCCUCAGCUGCCCCCGGGCCUGACUCUGUGGUCCAGCUGUAGAUGGAUGUGUGUCCUCAAAUGAGACACAGCUUCAUCGCUCCAGGCCUCUCCAAGACUCUUCUGCUAUCCUGGCUGGAGAGCCAGGGCCUGCCGGGAGAGCCCAGCCUACUUCCCUUCCCACCAUGUCUACACCAAACCUCUGGGGCCAGAUCAAAGCGCUUCCUCUCUGAGUCUCAGUUUCCCUAUUUGUGAAUGAGAGAGGGUUUGUGCCAAUGGCCUGAACCAACGAAAUAAAGCAACUGCCCACAGUAACCACA